GUCUUUAACCUUUUUGACUAUCCACCUCUUCACAAGGAUGAUAUCUCUCUCAAGAUGAAGGUCAAGCUGUUCUAUUUUUUAUGCAGCAGGAACAACAAUGCCCUAUACUCUUAUAGUGGUGUCACAGUGUGGUGGAAUAUGAUGCCUCCAAGUGAUUCUUUCAAGGCUGAUCAGGUGAUCCAAGACAUCAUUAACUUGAAUUCAUACAUUACUGUAGGUAUGAAGGCAAUCAUGGAUGAUGUCAUUGGUCCCUUUGCAACACUCCUACUUGACGAUUUGAAGACUGGAGGGUCAGAAGGUUGGCAAUAUAUGAAAAACUUCGACCAGCACUCAACUCACACUUAUAUGCAGUUCAAGUAUAUAUCAAGCCCAAGCCUUGGUCUACCCAACAAGUCUCUCUUGACAGAUGUUGUUGACUGGUGUGAAACUUCAAUAAAUCCACCAGCUGGUAUGAUCGUGUGCUCUCUGAGACCAUUUUAG